AUAACGAAACUGUCGUUAACUCCAAUAACGAGUUAAAGAAUCGCGCCGCUGAAGAGAGUAGCGAAAUAUUUGAAUUAUGAACAAUGUCAAAGCGAUCCGUACAAUGAAUCAUUUCUUCCAGUCAAUGAUAUUCAUCACAGUCGAGUUUAGCGUUCUGCUACUUCUAGAAGUUCUUUCGACUUUAUUCAUAUCCGUCAUUUUUAUGUACAAAUAUGGCACGGUAUACUACAAUAUAGAUAAGGUGAAGCUAUUGUUCGAACGCAUCCAAUAUGAUUGGGAUAAUCUCAAAGAUCCAGUGGAAUAUGAAAUAAUGAAGAGACAAGCUAACAUCGCGCGGUGGUACACGAAAUAUUUUGCGCGUAAGAAGUAUUCCCGCACUGAUCACAAAAGAAACGCUAUAACGGUUGAUACAAUAAAAAAAAUAUACACAUCACAUUGUCAUACAGUGUCUUUUGCAGUGGUCAUAUAUAUACUUGAAUUCUUAUUUAUUGCAAUGCAUUACGUGCCAGUUAUUCUGGACGCUGUGGUACCAUUAGCCAAGCCUCGACCCCGAAGGAUAUUGGUAAUCGGAGAAAUGUUCAUCGAUCAGCAUAAGUACUUUCACAUGGUACUGUUAAAUAUAACGAUAUCGAGCUUUAUCGGUAUGACCACUGUAAUAGCGGCCGAAACUAUGCUGAUGGUAUUGGUGCAACAUGUGUGUGGAUUAUUAAAAGUUACCAGUUAUCGAAUAACGCGCGCUUUCGAUAACGAUUGCUUCCCAGUUCUGAGACAUGGCAAAAAGUGCAUAGUUUGUACCAAAUUGGCGAGCGCCGUAAACAUUCACAGGAGUGCUAUCAUGUUCGCAGACUGCAUAAGAGAUUGCUUAGCAAUAUCUUAUCUUAUAUUGAUUUUGUUCGGCGUUGCUUCUUUAAGUCUUAAUUUAUAUCGAGUAAGUAGUAUUCGAUUUUUUUUUAUCGAAAGUUUAUAGUUCGUAACAAUCCCCAACAUUUAGAUUGCAAAUCCGAAAUGAAAUGAAAAUAAUUUUGUGAACUUAAUUCCUUCAUUCCCACACUAUUUUUCUCGACCGGUCCUAAGAUGCCAAGAACAAAAGAUUCUCGGAAUUUAGUGAAAGUUUAUAUGAGGGAAGGGGAGACUCAUGAUGCUGAUAACAAAUGUCAAAUCAAGUAUAAACAUUGUAUCAUAAUGUAAAUAUUGAAAAAUUUUUUAAAUUUUCAUUCUUCUA